GCGAAGUGGUGGCGAGGUGUUGCCGCAGGUGGGCGGAGCUGAGCUGAGCAGCUGGGCCUUGGUGGGGGCGAGGCGAGCUCGUAAGACUUGGGACGCGAGUCUGACCGCGCAGUUCGCGCCGCCUGGUUUGGGGCGGGCCCCUUAAGGGAUCCCCCAAACGCUGAUCCCAUGGGGCUGUGCUUUCCUUGUCCCGGGGAGUCCGACGCUGCCUCGCCGGACCCGGAAGAGAAAAGAGCAAAACUCGCAGAAGCUGCAGAGAGAAGACAGAGGGAGGCUGCAUCUCGGGGGAUUUUGGAUGUUCAGUCUGUGGAAGAAAAGAGAAGGAAAAAGGAAAGAAUAGAAAAACAAAUCGCUUCCUCUGGUCCCCCUCCAGAAGGUGGACUUAGAUGGACAGUUUCAUAAAACAUGACAUGAGUGGAAGAAUCUACUACCAGUAAUGCUAAUAUCUGCAAUCAAGUGAACCUUCUCAAUUUAAUUUCUUCUUUUUGAAUAAAUGAUUCAGAGUUUGUAAUUUUAGUGCCCUUAAAUGCAGUACUAAAUCUAUAUUGAAAAUAUUGCAAAUAAUUUUGAUUUUUAAGUUUAGAAAAUGGCCAGAACUUUAUCAUUGAAUACUUAUUUUCCUGCAUUUGCUCAUCUGUAGGCAGUGAGUGGGUGAUUUGCCAUUUUUUAGUAAUUAAAGCAAGAACCUGAAUAGCAAAUAUAUAUGCAUCUGCAUGUAAAAACUCUGGAUACAUCUCUAAUAUUAAAAUUUGAAAUUGUAUUCCCCUUCCUUAUAAAAUAAUCUAGCUCUUUAUAAUUGUGCUGCUUAGCCUUAGGUCUGUUUUUAUUUCAUUAUGUUUGAAGACUUUUGCUUAAACUUGUAAAUUUAGUGCCUU